AGUGAUGAAGUGACGUGACAGGCUAUUGGCAUUUGAGGUGAGACGCUGCUGGGAUACGGUCAAUCUGAUCUAAUGGCUAAAGUGGAGAUCGCUCCUUUGAGAAACUGGGAUGAUUUCUGCCCAAGCUUAGAACGCUUCGCCAGACCAGACACGCGAGAUCUGGCGAAGUGGAACAACAGAGUGGUCAGCAACCUCCUGUACUAUCAAACAAACUAUCUGGUACUAGCAAUCAGUGUAUUCCUGGUUGUAGGGUGUUUGCACCCUGUGAGCAUGUUCACGGGUGCAGCAGUGGUGGCGUCUGUCUUCAUUGGCUCUGUAUGGGUAGGGGAGAACAAGGCGAUCAUCAAACAAUUCAAGAAGGAGAACCCUGCUUUGUUUGUAUUCUUGGGGAUAGUCGUGAGCUAUUUCCUCAUGUCGCUUUUUGGUGGAGUUAUGGUGUUCCUGCAUGGAAUCCUGCUGCCUCUUAUCUUGAUUUUUGCACAUGCAUCGCUUCGCCUACGGAACAUGAAAAACAAACUGGAGAAUAAGAUGGAGAGUGCUGGACUCAAGAAAUCACUCAUGGGAAUCAUACUUGAAGCACUGGGUCAACAAGAAGAGAACCUCAAUAAAAUUCAAGACUUUCUGGAGAGUAAACUCAAGGAGUGAACUUUCAACCGUGCCUUACUGAGCUUCGCUCCAAUACAUGAAGGAACAGCUUUCAGCUAGCACAAUUUGUGAAAUUCACUCUGUUUCUUCCAACAUCUUUCAUUAGCUAAACAAAAAAAAAAAAUUCUCAGUGUGUUUUUUCUAUAAUGGAAUGAAAACAAUAUUGAAUUGAAAAUAAGUCUUCAGGUCAAAUGUAAGAAUAUGCAACUCAAAACGUCUUCCUAAGAGUUUUUCUAUGACCUAUAGGGAAAGGUGUCAUAUGUGCAUAUUUAAGGUGUUAGUAUCCUUCUCUCCCAAAAUACAUUCAUUCAUAUAUUAAGAAAUCAAAUUAUAAUAUGACAGCAUGUUUUCAGGUUUAUGAUCUUCAAAUAUUCUGCAGUGUGAUAACUUUAACUCUAGAAAAAUCACUGUGGUUAACGGCAACUGGAAACUCCUGCGGUACUGAUAAUGAACUGUAUUACUGUGUAGCAGUGGUUUCCGACCCUGGUCAUGGAGGCACCCCAGCACCCUUUUUCUGACACACCGAUUUCAGAUCUUGGAGUCUCUACAAAUGAGCAGAUGACCUGAAUCAAGUGUGUGUUAGAUUAAGGAUACAUGCAAAACGUGCAGUGUUGGGGUGCCUCCAGGACCAGGGUUGGGAACCAUUGCUUUGUAGAAUUGUUUACUUCUGUUUGUCGUUGAUGUGAACUGUUCAUUGAACAUUGAUGUCUUUUAACACAUUGCUGAUGUAGCUGUGUUGCAAAAGCAAUAUGAGGGUUUUAGAUACUUACUUUUUUGCAUCAUGCCUAAGAUUAUCUCUUUGAUUAAUGCACAGACUUUCAUGUCUUAUUGCUUUCUUGUUACCUAUUAGGUUAAAUAAUUCAAAAGUUGAAUUUCCUGUGGUGCCAUUAACCUUAAUUUGCAAUGUGGAAAUAAGCUUUAUUCUAUUAAUGUGCUAUUUGCAUUAUAAACCAGUGUGUUUAUGAAUAUGAUAAAGUAAAAUAAUAACAAAUAGCAGUUUUUUUUGUAUCAAGUGGCACAGUGGGUAAAAUAACUGUAGGUGAAUGGCACCGGAAGCCUCACACGUUCAAGUUACAAAUGCAUUUAUGUAAAAAAUAAUAAGGUGGAUAUUGUUCAAUCUAUGCAAAGUGUGUUAAUAAAGUCAAAUUGUUGUGUUU